AUGCGUAACGCCAUCGCCUUAUCCUACGAGUACUCAACUUCCACCGUGUUCUACUCCGACAUACAGCGAGGCUCACUGCUGGCUGUACACUUCAACGGAUCACGACACAGGGAGAUCUUGCAGAAGGUGGGUUCCGUGGAGGGCAUGGUGUUCGCUCGUGAGGAGCGCACGUUAUACUGGACGUGUGCCUCCGCCCCCGCGUUGCGAGCGGUCCACGUGCCGGGGUUGGAAGACGAGCCUAUGAGUACCAGGGGUAGAAGGGUGCGGACACUGCUACUGUUGAACCCGGGAGAUAGGCCGCGGGGGAUCGACUACGACCCAUGUGAAAAACGUAUAUACUGGACGAACUGGAACCAGACGCACCCAGCGAUCGAGCGCGUGUACACGAGCGGGCGCGGGCGGCAGGCGCUGGUCACCAGAGACAUACUGAUGCCCAACGGCCUGGCCUUGGAGCACGAGGCGCGGCUGCUGUACUGGGCGGACGCCAGGCUCGACAAGCUGGAGCGGAUGAGAUACGACGGGAGUCACAGGAGGGUGGUGACCCGCGCGCGAUCAGAACAUCCCUUCGCUGUGGCAGCGGGAGGGGGGUGGGUCGCCUGGACCGACUGGCUGGCACGAGGAGUGUUCGCGGCCGAGCGAGGGGGAGGAGCCGUGCGCGCGCUAAGAACAGACGUGCCCAGACCAUGCGCGGUCGUGCUCGUCGCUCCACACCAACAGACAUGUUCAUCGGAUCCGUGCGCCGUCAUGAACGGCGGGUGUGCGGAGCUGUGUGUGGUGGACUCCAAUAGACAGGCGUCGUGCGCGUGCGGCGCGGGGCGCGUUUUAGCUCGAGAUGGGCGCGCGUGCGCUCGGCCGGACAUGUCGUGCAUGCCGGGGCAGUUCGCGUGCGCGGAGGGUCCAUGCCUGCCGCAGCACCUAGUGUGUGACGGCAUCCCGCACUGCGCUGGAGACACGGACGCCAGCGACGAAGACCUCUACUACUGCACGUCCCGCGUGUGUCCCGUGGGCUGGAUGAGUUGCGGUGCGGGCGGGCGGUGCGCGGCCCCCGAGCAGAGGUGUGACGGCCGCGUGGACUGUGACGACGGCUCCGACGAGGUGGACUGUGACUGCUCCGUCGAACAGUACAGGUGUGACGACGGAUCGUGUGUAGAAGUGGGGGCUCGUUGUGACGGGGUGUCUCAGUGUCCGGACGGGUCGGACGAGGCGGAGUGUCCGCGGGCAGCCUGCGACGUACCGGACGCCAGGAGCUGCGCCAGCGGACACCAGUGUUACGGCGGGGAUGCCCGGUGUGACGGACACCUGGACUGUGACGACGGCAGCGACGAGGCCGACUGUGCAGAGAGUACGCUGGCCCCGAGUUUUGACGGGUCGGACGGUUUCGAGGAGCAACCGGUACAGAGCUGCAGCGACGACCAGUUCCGGUGUGGAGGAAGCUCAGGUAGUGGCGGGGAAGGGGUGGAGUGCAUCCCCCUCGCCUGGCGGUGUGACGGACGACCUGACUGUACCGACGGGUCAGAUGAGAGCAUACACUGCGGUCACCGCGAGCCUUCCCCCUGUGGCCCGCAGUCGUUCCGCUGCGCGUCCGGCGAGUGCGUGCCGGGCGCGUCCCGCUGCUCGGGCGCCCCGCAGUGCGCGGACGGCUCGGACGAGCGAGGCUGCGACUGUGCACCCGGGACGUUCCGCUGUGCGCUCUCAGAGACCUGCCUACAGACUAGUCUAUAUUGUGAUGGUGACGCUGACUGUGAGGAUGGGUCCGACGAGCCCCCAGGCUGUUCGUCCCCCGUCACUACAAGUACGGUCUCCCCCGUGGGGUCUGUAGUCCCCCCACCCUUCCACAACUCGUCGUUCGCUAGUGAGCUCUGCGCCGGUGAGCCGGGGUCAUUGUACUGCCGGGGUCGCUGUGUACCCGCGGCUCUCGUUUGCGACGGCCGCGACCACUGCGAGGACCAGCCUGAUGGACCCGGCAGCGAUGAGGACCCCGUUAUGUGCUCAUCAUUCGCGGCGUCGUUCGGGUCGUCAGCGGAGGCGGCGGUGUCAGCGGUGUCGGCGGGCUGUGUCCGCGGCGAGUGGCGCUGCGGUAACGGCGCCUGUGUGCCCCAACACGCGCUGUGUGACGGACGGGACUCAUGCGGGGACUUCACUGAUGAUUAUAUAUGGAUGGCCAUUCCAGAUAUCAACGAAUGCCUCAUCCUGAACGGCGAGUGCGGUCACAACUGCACAGACCUGCCUGUUGGUCGCGCGUGUUGGUGUCGUACAGGCUGGAGGCGCGCGGCCAACGGCUGUGUGGACGUAGACGAGUGUCGCGAAGACCGGCCCUGCGACCAUACGUGCAGGAACACACUCGGCAGCUAUGUGUGUACCUGCAGCAAAGGGUACCGGCUCAUGGAGGAUGGCUCCAGCUGUACGCCUGUAUCUGAUAUAAAAGCAUCAUUGAUAUUCACGAACCGCUACUACAUCCGUCGGACCAGCAUCGUGGAGGAGGAGAGCUCGGAGGUGGCUGUGACGUCACUGCUCGUACACAACCUCACGAACGCAGUAGCACUGGACGCGCUGUGGGACAAGGGCUGUUUAUUAUGGAGUGACGUCACGAGGCUGGGAUCCUCCAUCAAGAAGCUGUGCGGCGUCACGGAGGGCGGGGCCGCAGCGGACGCGGGGCGUGGCCAGGCGAGAGUACUGGCGGGCGCCACGCUACAGAAUCCUGACGGACUAGCUGCGGACUGGGUGGCUGGGAACGUGUAUUGGUGCGAUAAAGGAACCGACAGCAUCGAGGUGGCGCGCCUGGACGGCAGACAUCGCCGGGUGCUGGUGCGGGAGGGACUGGCUGAACCCAGGGCGCUCGCGCUGCUGCCGCAACAAGGCUACAUGUACUGGUCCGACUGGGGCUCGUCGGCUCACAUCGGUCGCGCCGGUAUGGACGGCUCGGGUCCGUCUGUCAUCAUCCGAGGCCUUGGCUGGCCUAAUGCUCUGUCUCUUUCCCCCGCCUCUGGAGAACUGUUCUUCGCUGACGCCAGGGAAGACUACAUAGCGGUAGCUGACCUAGACGGAUCACAUGUGCGAGUUUUGUUCUCAAGAGGCAGAAAAAUCUUCAAAACUAAAGAUCGUAUGCCCUGGCUGCCCCUGCACCACGUGUUCGCGUUGGGCGUGUGGGCCGGUCGCGUGUAUUGGACUGACUGGGAGACGCGCGCGCUACACUCUUGUAGGAGGACACCGCACCGGGCAUACAACGAGUCGUGGGGCGGCGGACCGGCCGCGGGCGGCGCGUUGAGGUGUCGUGUGGAGGCGCGGGCAGUUCAUAAACCUAUGGACUUAAGGGUGUUGCAUCCCGCACGACAACCGCCACAGAGGGAACUAACUGCACUCUGCGAGAAGUUAAACUGUACGGGUCUGUGCCUGCUGUCUCCGCUGGAGGGCGGCGCCACCGCUCACUGCGCGUGUCCCGAACACUUCGUGCUGGGUGCGGACGGCCGCUCGUGUUCUCCUAACUGCACGUCCGCUCACUUCGUGUGUCGCUCCUCCUUGAAGUGCAUCCCGUUCUGGUGGCGUUGCGACACACAGGACGACUGCGGCGACGGGUCUGACGAGCCGGCCUCGUGUCCGUCGUUCCGCUGCUCCCCGGGCCAGUUCCAGUGUACCAACUCCCGCUGCGUGCAUCCAGCGCACAUCUGUGACGGCGUGCAGCAGUGUGGGGACGGCAGUGACGAGCGGGACUGCGAUGCAUUCACGUGCCUCGCUGCGCAGUUCAAAUGCCCAGCGGCCGGCGCCGCGCCCGCACGCUGCGUGCCCUCAGAGGCGCGCUGUAACGGAGAGAAGGACUGCGCAGGCGGCGAGGACGAGAAGGACUGCCCGCCCGUCAGCUGCCCGCAGCACACUGUAAAAAUUACACCCUAUUGCUAA